ACUUGAUAUUUCAUCUAUCAGGUCAGACAAGGUUAGGCUCAUUGAUGAUAAGCAGAACAUGUUGGGGAUAGUGUCGAAAAUGGAAGCUCUUCAGAGAGCUGAGGAUGCAAGCCUGGACUUGGUGAUUCUAUCUCCAGAAGCAGACCCGCCGGUUGUCAAAAUAAUGGAUUACAAUAAGUAUAAGUAUGAACAGCAAAAGAAGAAAAAGGAGCAGCAAAAGAAAAGCGCUGCCAGCCGAAUGGAUUUGAAGGAGCUCAAAAUGGGUUAUAAUAUUGAUUCUCACGAUUAUUCAGUGCGUUUGAAAGCCGCUCAGAGGUUUUUGAAAGAUGGUGACAAGGUAAAAGUCAUAGUGAACUUAAAAGGCCGCGAAAAUGAGUUCAGAAAUAAUGCUAUUGAGCUACUAAGGCGUUUCCAGAAUGACGUCGGUGAGCUCGCGACCGAGGAGAACAAGAACUUCAGGGAUAGGAACGUCUUCAUAGUUUUGAUACCGAAUAAGGCUGUUGUACAGAAAGGUCCCGAGCAACCGAAGAAAAAGGAAAAACCGGCAACCGAAGUUUCAGCCAGUGUUUGAACAUCACAUCAAGAGAAAGGAAAACCCGCAGCGUAAACCCCCGUGCACAGCCUGCAAGUAACAUCAGGGUUUAAACUGCACUAGACAAGUCCGGUGCGACAGGCUUGACUCAAAGGCCCUACCUGGGAAUCGAUCCCAAGUAGCUGUGGUGGGUUUUCAACUCCCGACCAGUGAGCCACACCACAAGGGUGCCACUUUCAUUGUUGUAUGGUAGGGAUUUUUAUAACAAAGGAGGGACUUACCUAUCAUAAUGAUGAGCCAUCAAUUAUUUUUCUAGCUAACACCUUAUAUGACUUAUUUUGUUGGUGACUUCAAAUUAAAGUACUUUGUAGUCCAAGCAUCAUAUAAAAAUAUUUGUAGUUGGCAUUUCAAAUAUAAGAUCAAUUUCAAAGCUA